UCGACCGUUGGAAAACAAACGUUACAGAGAGAGUUCGUGUUUGUUCAACGUCAACAACACUUAGUAGCCAACUCUGCAACCAAAAGCAAAAGGGUUUGGGACCGUGUCUUCCUAUUAGAGAGAGAGAGUGAGAGAGAGAGAGAUUCAGAUCCAAUCUUUGGUUGGGUGGGCACUAGGUACAAGUUGGAGAGAUUGUUUGUCUGAGGAAAAUUCUUGAGACCCACCUUGUGUGUGUUUGAUUUCAUUCCUCGGAUAUUCCGAAGAUGGUUGCAAGAACCCCACCAAAGCAGAAGAGGCUUUUGGCGGCUCUCAAUCCUGUUCUGAUUAAAGAAACCUUAAACAAGGUGGAUCAAUGCGUCGCUCGGCUGCAGGAACUUCAGUACACUGUGACUGGUGGAACCAAGGUGGUGUCGGGGGUGACUCUCAGCCCUCGCAGCACAAGAGGUUAUCUCAGAACAAGUCUCAGGUGCAAGCAAGAGUCACUAAGGAUCAAGAAUGGUGCAUCAAGGAGAUCUCCAGUGGGAAAGUUUCCAGCAAACACAGGUGAAUGGAAGAGAAUGUCGCUGCCAGCAAUGCUUGUAGGCGAAACUGUUGGAGAAAUUUUGCAGGCAAGUCAGUUUGCCAGGGAAAUAGUCUCAGCAGUUGGUAAGAAAACUGUCCCAGAUGACCCAAAAACUCCAAUGUCUCAACGGAGCAACAAGAAAGUAGAACUUGAAAACACACAGCUGAGGGUGAGAAGGAAGAAAGAGAAGCAAACCAGAGUUCAGAAUGAUGGUACCCCACAACUUCAAAGGGCUCGCUCCAGAAUCAACUUUAAGGUUUCUCCUCCAAAGGUCAAAGAAUUUGAUAAAGAAAGCAACAGGUAUAUGGCAAAUAGGGUAUCUCCCAGGAAUAGGCCGUGGGCUAGAAAAACAGUACUUUUCCCCAACCCUUUGUUCCUUUCCACCCACUCUUCUUCACAGCCACAACAACAACAGUUUUGCAAGACAAGGUCACCCAUCAUUUCAAGAAAUAGAGGUACAACAUCACACAAAUUUGUUAUAAAGUCUCCACCUUCACCACCACGGCAGCAACAGUCUUGCAAGACCAAGUCCCCUGGCAUAUCAAGAAACAGGGGUGGGACACCUCACAAGUUUUUGAUCAAGUCUCCACCGUCGGCUUCCAAAUUCCCACCAACUGUGUCUAUUUCACCCACAAGACCUGUAAGAUUGAGCAGAUUGAGUCCUCCCAAGAGAUCAUCAUCAUCAUCCACUGCAUCUAAAUUCCGUCGAUCUUUCUCUCCUUCAAGAAUUGCAUCCAGAUUGGUUUCACUUUCACCGUUAAGGAGCAGGAAAACUGUACAGAAGAAAAACGAUGGGAUUGUAAGUGGACUCAAACAGCGCCCAACAUCGUCUAUGCAAUUCCCUGUCAGAGGAAUCUAAGAACUCGCCAUUUUCUGGCUACUUUCUUGUACUUUUUAUCACCCUGUCAAUUCUUUAUGUCCAUAAUUGUGCUCUUAUGGUUUUUUCCUCUUUGGCUUUCAGAGAAGAUUCAAGGAUUUUUCUUUAAUGUUCAUACCAUUUUUUCCUACUCAUUUCAAGGAAAAUCACAGUCCAAUGCCAGCUAUUCGGUGUCUUUUUACUGUU